AUGAAAUAUUUAGAAAAUAUCGCCCUAAGGGAACAGGACAGGCCACAACCUGUAUUAAAUAAUAAUGAUAAUGCCGGUGAUGAUGCCUUAUCCGAUGGCAUUGAAGAAAACUUGCCAAUAAAAUCCACUGAGGAAUUAGAGGCAUGGGAACGAAAAUUAGCUUCAAAGGAGGAGCAGAAAAAGAUGGUAGCCUUUUUGACCAAAGUUGGUGGACGUGAUACCAACAGUACUGUGUACUGCAGUGUAGUUAAAAACAUUGUGAGGAAGGUGCUUACUGACUCUGUUGCUGCCCAGUUCAAUUGGGAAGGCAAAAAGGGGAAGAAGAUGCUAUCAUCAUUAAUUAUUUCUGAAUGUAUUAAAAAAGCAGCUGCUCUAAGUCAUAAUGUGAAGUCCACCACUGAGCAAGAUAUAAUAAAUGCAAUAAAAAAUUGGCUGAGACAUGCUACAGCUCGACUAAAUAACAAGAAAAAUAAGAUCGAGAAUGAACAAGACGAUUGA